GCUCUCUUCACGGCGCACGCAUGAUCGCCGGAGCGGAUUUACGGCGCAGCAGCUGAUCGCGCGCUUUCGAUUUCUCAGUGUCUUUGUUCCAUUUCGUUUGGAAUUAUCUGGUGUGGAGUGUCCAUAUAGGGGUUUACAUAUACCCGAGAUUGUUAUUAUUACAAUAUUAUCUCUUGUGGAGUGACUUAAAAAAGAAACAUUAAAGGAGCCCCAACUUAUAGUGCCAAAAUGCAAACCCAAAUGCAGACACAAAUGCAGUAUGAGAGUCAUAUCUCAUCUCCAACACAUCAAUUAAAUAAUCGCCUUCAAGCAGAGGCUGAGAUGAACAACCAUGCAGAAAGUUGUUCCACCUCGUCGUCGUUCGGGCGGUGCGGAUCAUCGACGCACUCGCAGAUCGAUGACCAUGAUGCCACAGACGACGACAUGACCUUCUGCAUGUCCAACUACGCCAAGGAGGCCUUGAAGAUGAUGUUCAUGAUGCGCUCCCACGGCAUGCUCACCGACGUGGUGCUCGAGGUGAAAAAGGAGCUCUUCCCCGCCCACAAGGUGGUGCUAUCGGCAGCAUCGCCAUACUUCAAGGCCAUGUUCACGGGCGGACUCAAGGAAUCGGAGAUGUCGCGCGUCCAGCUGCAGGGGGUCUGUCCCACGGCCAUGUCGCGCAUCCUUUACUUCAUGUACACCGGCCAGAUCCGUGUGACUGAGGUGACGGUGUGCCAGCUGCUCCCAGCUGCCACCAUGUUCCAAGUGCCAAACGUAAUCGAUGCCUGCUGUGCCUUCCUGGAACGCCAGUUGGAUCCCACAAAUGCCAUUGGUAUUGCCAACUUUGCGGAGCAGCACGGCUGUGUGGAUCUGCAGAAGAAGGCAAACGUAUUUAUCGAACGGAACUUUACACAGGUGUGCCAAGAAGAGGAGUUCCUCCAGCUGACGGCCUAUCAGUUGAUAGCCCUCAUCCGCCGGGAUGAGUUGAAUGUGCAGGAGGAGCGAGAAGUCUACAACGCGGUGCUCAAGUGGGUCAAAUACGACGAAGACAAUCGCCACUGCAAGAUGGAGCACAUCCUGGGCGCCGUGCGCUGUCAAUUCCUAACGCCCAACUUCCUCAAGGAGCAGAUGAAAAACUGCGACGUUCUGCGCAAAGUUCCCGCCUGCCGCGAGUAUUUGGCCAAAAUCUUUAAGGACUUGACGCUUCACAAGUGUCCGGGUGUAAAGGAACGGACACCCAAUACCACUCGCAUGAUCUUCGUGGCCGGCGGUUUCUUCCGUCACUCGCUGGACAUACUGGAAGCCUACAAUGUGGACGACAAGACGUGGACAACGCUAUCAAAUCUACGCAUUCCCAGAUCCGGUUUGGGUGCCGCCUUUCUCAAGGGCAAGUUUUAUGCGGUCGGCGGACGAAACAAUAAUAUUGGCUCCUCCUACGACUCGGAUUGGGUGGAUCGUUAUAGUGCCGUCAGCGAGACGUGGCGUCCCUGCGCACCCAUGUCCGUGCCCCGACAUCGCGUAGGCGUUGCCGUCAUGGACGAACUGAUGUACGCCGUGGGCGGAUCCGCGGGCAUGGAGUACCACAACACUGUGGAAUUCUAUGAUCCCGACAUGGAUCGCUGGACACUGGUGCAGCCCAUGCACUCAAAGCGCCUGGGAGUGGGUGUGGUGGUGGUCAAUCGUCUGCUCUAUGCCAUCGGCGGCUUCGACGGAAACGAGCGAUUGGGGAGCGUGGAGUGCUACCAUCCGGAGAACAAUGAGUGGAGUUUCCUGCCACCGCUCCAAACCGGUCGCAGCGGAGCGGGCGUGGCCGCAAUUAACCAGUACAUCUACGUGGUCGGCGGCUUCGAUGGCACCCGACAGCUGGCCACCGUUGAGCGCUACGAUACGGAGAACGAGACGUGGGACAUGGUGGCGCCCAUUCAGAUCGCCCGCAGUGCUCUGUCGCUGACACCGCUGGACGGCAAACUAUACGCCAUUGGUGGAUUCGAUGGCAACAACUUCUUGUCCAUUGUGGAGGUAUACGAUCCGAGGACCAACACGUGGGUGAAGGGAACGCCACUGAAAUCGGGACGAUCCGGUCAUGCCUCGGCUGUUAUCUAUCAGCCUGCGUGUGCCACCACAUUCAUGGACUACGAAGAGGGCGAUGACACGACGCGAGGAGGCGACGGAAGCCAUGAUGAGGGAAGGUCCAGGGACUCGUCUUCGCAAGAUCCAAGCAGCAGUAGAAGUCCUCACUACUUGGGAAAUGCGCCCAACAUGCAGUUCCAUACGUCGUUCGGCAUGAGCGGCUGCAACAACUGCGAUUCCGAGGCAGAUGUUAAGCAAGAAGUCACAGCAGACACGCGAAAUUUUCAAAUACCUGCCAUUAGGAGUGAGGAACUGAGCAAUCCCUCGUGUCCCUGGUCCAGAAUGCAGCGGAAGUUUCGAAGGACGCCACCCCUGUCAUUCACCGACAGCGAAAACACAACAACAACCACAGAUUUAACGCACAAAUUCGAUAGAGCGCGGAAAAAGUGCAUACUAAGCACAGCGGCAAAAGUGAUACAUAACCACAUCGAAGGCCGCCUGCGUAAGCUGGCGGCGGCCACAUGACAAUACGAAUCCGAUCCAUACGCUUAGCCACAACCAAAACAUCAUUCAUUGUACAAAGCCAAGUCCGCAUCCCCCAGAAUUCCAUUUUGAGAAGCAGCAUUCCAUUGAAAUAUCGCCAAAGUGUUUGUUCGCUGGGUGAUAUUUGUGAACGUGUAGUCAAAACUGAUUUUAUGGCAUCCAUAACAUUAACUGGCGCUCGUCAGCACAUUUUUUAAAGAUUGAUUAGGGUUAAUAGUUAAUUAGUGGAAGAAAGGAAGGAAAUGUGUCGUCUUUUAUGUAUACUGAUAACUUGCAUAUUGUACUUUUUUUUAGAGUAGGUUCAAAGGAAAUAUGUGCAUCCAUAGUAAUUUAUACAAAAAACGCAAUAUAUAUAAGAUAAAUAAAUGAAAAAAAAAAAAAACUAUUAUACAAAUUUAAAAAAACAUGUGUUUUAAAUUGAAAG